AUGUCAGGACCUAAUAGUCAAAUAGCUCUCGGUGAAGAAUCGGAAAAACGGAGGAUGAAGUAUUUUUAUCGACAAUUCGAAAGGUCAUUAUUCAAAGAUGGUGAUAAAUCAUUCACAAUAAAAAUAACUGCUUUAACAGAUAGUAGUCCUGAUCUAAAUUGUGUUAAGAGGACAUAUUCCCACAAAAUAAAUCAAGGGGAAAUAAAGAUUUUCAAGAUUAAAGAAUUAUUAAAUAAACCAGAAGUCUUGAAUAAAACAAAGGUUAUAGAGAAUACAUUCUUUUUAGAAGUUUGGAGUGACCAUCCUAUGCUUUUUGGGAAAGAAAAAGCGGCAUGCUUAACACAUGCAAGUCGGACAAAAAGUGGUGUUUCCAGCGGGCAGAUGCUAAGAUGGAAUAGAUGCGCUAAUGUGCCUAAUAUCCGAGCUACGUUACAGGUCAAGAGAAAAUUUAGAGAAGGAAAAGAUGGAGAAGAAGAAGAAAUUUAUGAAACUGAGCUUGCUCAUCUCUUUUCGGAGGAAGACGAGGUUAAGGUGUUUUUCGAGACAUUAGAUGAUGAACUUAACAAAGUGAACCAAUUUUAUGAGAAUAAGGAAACUGAGUUUCUGGAGAGAGGGGAGACUUUGAAUAAGCAGCUUCAAAUUUUGCUCGAUCUCAAGAGGGUUCUCAGUGAUCGACGUCGAAAAAAUUUUGCUGCUAAAACGGGCUCCGGCUUCCUUUCGCCUAUCAGCCAAUCAUGUGGCCAGAACUCGGAUUUCUUGGAAAGCCAAAGUGAAUACUGUGACAGCCCGAAGGACUCGCAAACAGACGAUGAUGUUGUUGCAGCAUUGGAGAAGAAUGGCAUAAAUUUCAUUAAUUCUGCCACCACAACACGAGCAAAGACGAAGAAAGGGAAACCGAAGAUGGCCCUUAGAAUCAAUAUUCCAGCAACAACACCAUCGCGUGCCAUAGCUGCUGUUACAUCAAUGCUUUGGGAGGAUUUAGUGAACAACUCCAAGAACGAAUUAGGCAGCACAGGAGAAUUUAAUAGCAGAAAGAAGAUACAAUGUGCAGAAAAGAUGAUUAGAGGGGCAUUUGUGGAGCUCUAUAGGGGCCUUGGCUUGCUCAAAACAUACAGCUCACUGAACAUGGUGGCGUUUACCAAAAUACUAAAGAAAUUUGACAAGGUAUCAAACCAGCAGGCUUCAGCAAGUUACCUCAAAGUAGUCAAAAGAUCACAUUUCGUUAGUUCUGAUAAGGUGUUGAGACUAAUGGAUGAAGUAGAGUCCCUAUUCACACAGCACUUCGCCAACAAAGACAGGAAAAAGGCAAUGAAAUUCUUGAGACCGCAACACCACAAAGACUCUCACAUGCUCACCUUUUUCGUAGGUAUAUAUAUAUACAUUUUUAUAACUUUGUUCAGUGUUUAUGUAAUAUUAACACAUUUAAGUCGCAUGUUCACCCCCGGAAUAGAAGCCGCUUACAUGGAAGCCGUCUACCCUAUUUUCAGCAUGUUUGCAUUGCUAAGCUUGCACAUGUUUAUGUAUGGAUGUAACCUAUUCAUGUGGAAAAGCACAAGAAUCAACUGCAAUUUCAUCUUCGAAUUCCAAUCCAGCACAGCCCUCAAUUAUAGAGAUGCUUUCCUCAUUUGCACCUUUUUAAUGACUACUGUUGUUGGAGUUAUGGUUAUUCAUCUAAUCUUACUCUCUAAAGGAUUCUCGCCACUUCAAGUCAACAUGAUCCCGGGAAUUCUACUACUCUGUUUCAUCGCGCUGCUCGUGUGUCCAUUGAAAAUCUUAUAUCGUCCAACACGAUACUACUUCAUUAGAGUCAUACGCAACAUAAUUUGCUCUCCCUUUUACAAGGUUUUGAUGGUAGACUUCUUUAUGGCUGAUCAACUUACCAGCCAGAUUCCAUUAUUAAGGCACAUGGAAUCAGCAGCCUGUUAUUUUCUUGCUGGAAGUUUCAAAACACACAGUUAUAGGACCUGCCAAUCCGGGAAACUAUACAUGGAGUUUGCUUAUGUUAUCUCUUUCGCGCCCUAUUACUGGCGUGCAAUGCAGUGCGUCAGAAGAUGGUUCGAUGAAAACAACACAGACCACCUAGCUAAUUUGGGGAAGUAUGUCUCGGCUAUGGUGGCAGCCGGGGCAAAGUUAACUUAUGAGCGGCAGCAAUCAGAAUUAUGGUUGGCUAUAGUUUUGGUGACUUCAUUGGUAGCCACAGUUUAUCAGUUGUACUGGGAUUUUGUCAAAGAUUGGGGACUUCUUAAUCCAAAAUCCAAAAAUCCAUGGCUUAGAGAUGAUCUGAUAUUGAAGAAUAAAAGCAUCUAUUAUAUAUCCAUUGCCUUGAAUUUUGUCCUAAGAGUAGCAUGGGUGGAAACUGUGCUGGGUUUCAGAGCUGGAAGGUUUGAGAAACGCUUGCUCGCGUUUUUCCUGGCUUCGCUUGAAGUCAUCCGACGUGGACACUGGAACUACUAUAGAUUGGAGAAUGAACACCUCAACAAUGUUGGAGAGUUUAGGGCAGUGAAGGCUGUUCCAUUACCAUUCUCUGAUGGCUGAAGUUUAUGUAAAGAAUCUGUGCAGAUGUUCGAAAGAGGCUUAUAAGGACGAGCAAGAAAAGACUUUUCACCUGCCAUAGAAUUUAGGGGUGGGAAGAUUAAUAAUGUUGCAUUGAGGAAUUCACAAUUGUUCAUCUCACAAUAAGCGGAAAACAGUCCUCAAAUCCUCGAGCUUUAUAUGAACCGGAUAAGGGAAGCUUUCGGCUAAUGUCUAUUGUAGAUUGUGAUAUUUCUAACUGAAAUUUGAUCGAUGUAUCAUUGUAUCAGCAGUUUAAACAAUUUUUAUUGACGUUGUAAAUUGAAUUUCCAUGGGAAUCAACACUGUCUAUUUUUGUAUAUCGGAUUUACAUCA